AUGGCCGAUGAGGAGCAACAAAUGGAAGUCGAAAGACUUGAAGUUGAAGGAUUGCAAUUGGAGGUAAUUGAAACAUGGGAGAAAAAUGCUGCGGAAAUUUUGCAAAAUUGGAGUGAUUUGAUAGUUGAAGCUGAUGCAUUAGCACAAAGAGAAUUCCAUUUGCCGGACAGACAGCGCAACAGCAUAUUUAGCGAACUUAGAAAAGGCGUAGGAAGCUGGAAUGAAAAAGUGGCGGAAGCCGUCAAAAAUGCUCGCGAAAUGGAAAAUAAGCGUAGAGAAGAUUCAGUUGAAGAACUAAAAGUUAUUGCUUAUUUGAAACAAAAUGAUUUGGUUGAUGUAGGAGCUGUGUCUGAGUUGUGUGAAGCGGGCGUUUUAGUGUGUAGAGGAGAAAUGGUUGCGGUUAAGGAAAUUGGAAAAAUGGAAAAUGAAAUGCAACAAAAGCAAAUUGAAUUUCAAUUACAGAUCGGCCAAUUAACUGAACAAGUCGCACAACUUCAAGCCGGUAUUCAACAAAGAGAUGCAGAAAUUCAGCAGUUGAUGGUUAAAAAUGAAGGUAGUCAAAAGGCAACAAAAGUCGAAAUUCCAAAAUCUAGUUUACAGCUGAAAGAAUACAUGAGCACCAGAAAAUCGGAGAAAAACGACGAUGGAGAGAAGAGCGAAGUCACCAGUGA